CAUGCACCGGGUGCCCGAGCUUUAUGCGAGGAGGAAGCAGGGGGCCACGCAGGCCCCUUCCCUGCUGGACCAUUUGGGAUUACGAUUAGGGAUGUGGUACUGGAAAGAUGAAACCAAAACUCUUGAAUUCAGAAGUUUUACACCUGCAGUGGAACUCAGGGAAAAAGGAAGGAAAGGCAAAGCAGUUCACUUUACUGAGAUUGACGGUCCGGCUUCAGACAGGUUGACAGAUAAAAGGUUUGCCUCAAGAGAUGAAAAGUCAGCCAAAGCCUUAGAGAAACGAGGCCAGCAGGGCAACGUCACACUAGACGAUGUUAAAUUUGUUGCUUUGCUUAUGCUACAAGAUACUGAGAUUCAGCGGAUCUGUUCUUUUACAACAUUUAUGAGGAAUAAGAAUCUUGAUAAUUUCCUCAUGGCGUUGUUGUACUAUUUAUGUCAUUACUUGGAAAAAAACUCACUGGAAAAGAAGCCCAAAAGCUAUAUGGUGGGCCUCGUAGAGAAAAAAGAGAUGGAACUGGUUUUAAGUAAGUUAGAAGCAGCACAGAAAUACCUGGCACAGAAGUACUGUGUCCUUGUGCUGGGCGUGGGAAUGCCCGACAAACACCAUAUGUGCUGUGGGAAGGAGAAAAUAUCAGACACACAAAAAGACUGGAAAUUCUUUGAGUCUUUUUACACUUUCUGUACAUAUGUGGCUUGGAUUGUCUUCCGACGUCAGCACUUGACAGAGAUUGAGGAAGAAAUAGGGAGGCUCUUUCGUACCAAUAUGUUCAACAUUCCUCGAAGGAAGCGUGAAGAUGAGGAGUCAGGAGGGGAAAAGAAACGCAUGACUUUUGUACAAUUCAGGAGAAUGAUGGCAAAACGCCCAGCGAUUAAAAAAGCCAUUAACAUGCGCUCUCCGGUCAUAUCUACGCUGCUGCCAUCCCUCAGGGAAAAAGCUCAGAAUGUCUUUGAGAAAAAGUAUCAUCAAGUAGGCAUCAAACUUCCAGCCCAGAUGCAAGAGCACAUGGAAUGUCUGGACUCUGUGCCCAUGCCAGUAGUUGGCAUCCUGGGGGAGCCUCGACGUCUCUUCAACCCCCAUACCCUCAUCCCCCUUGAACCAGAAGAAAACAGAAAACCGUCUGGGAGACACUCUUCCCUGAUAGAAAGAAAUAACAUGAGGAUUCAGGAUACCCUGGACUUAGUCAUGAGAACACUAUCCUCUCAUGCAUUUCCUAAAUAAUCUGGUACGUUCUACUUCUAUAAUGAAGUCCCUGAAUUUGAAGUAAACGACUUGGACUUCAUCACUUAAUGCAGGACUAAUAUUUGUUAUUAUUAUUAAACUUUUAGAGUUUUGUUAAAAGUUCAACAACAGACUAUUAAAGUAUUCCAGAAAGCUUUUGAAAGCU